AUGCGAGGGAACUGUUCCAGCAGCGCAGACUGCCCUGCCAACCGCUCCGAGGGGCAGCUGCCAAUGGGGCCGGCGUUGUCUGAGAGCCUGGAACUCGUCUUCACUUCGGUGUCAGCCGUGAUGAUGGCUCUUCUGAUGUUCUCUUUGGGCUGCUCCGUGGAAACCCGCAAGCUCUGGGCACACAUCAGGAGGCCCUGGGGGAUUGCCGUGGGGCUGCUCUGCCAGUUUGGACUCAUGCCCCUCACAGCCUAUCUCCUGGCACUGAGCUUCUCUCUGAAGCCAGUCCAAGCCAUAGCUGUUCUCAUCAUGGGGUGCUGUCCCGGAGGAACCAUCUCCAACAUUUUCACCUUCUGGGUGGAUGGUGAUAUGGAUCUCAGCAUCAGUAUGACAACCUGCUCCACGGUGAUUGCCCUGGGAAUGAUGCCCCUCUGCCUUUACCUCUACACCCGGCCCUGGAAUCUGGAAAAGAGCCUUACCAUUCCCUAUCAGAACAUAGGAAUUACUCUUGCAUGCCUGAUAGUUCCUGUGGCCCUUGGGGUCUACAUGAAUUACAGGUGGCCAAAGCAAUCCAAAAUCAUUCUUAAGAUCGGGGCCAUUGCUGGUGGACUCCUCCUGUUGGUGGUCGCGGUAGCCGGUGUGGUGCUUGCGAAAGGAUCUUGGAAUUCAGACUUCACCCUUCUGCUCAUCAGUUUCAUCUUUCCUUUGAUCGGCCAUAUCUCAGGCUUUCUACUGGCUCUUCUUACUCAUCAAUCCUGGCAGAGGUGCAGAACGAUUUCCUUAGAAACCGGUGCUCAGAAUAUUCAAAUGUGUGUUACUGUGCUCCAGUUAUCCUUCUCUGCUGAGCAGUUGGUCCAGAUGCUUUGCUUCCCAUUGGCUUAUGGGUCCUUCCAGGUUCUGGAUGGAUUUCUUAUCAUUGCAGCAUAUCAGCUGUACAAGAGGAAACAGAAGAGCAAACAUAGGGAACAGAAGACAGUAUGUGUGGAAGGAUGCGUUGAGCAGUCCGUCCCUUUCAAGGGGACCAGUGAAGAGCUGGAGGUGAAUGAAGACGCCUCUGGGACUCCUAGGCUGACAGAGAUAAUGGAGCUCCAUGAGCCUCUGUAGCUGUGGACUCCUCUGCUGUGCACAGGGAGCCUGAAUCUGAACAGAUCAGAGGUCACUGGGACCAGUAGAAACAGUGCUGUGCUAGUGUGUGGAUUUUGUGGACAGGGUCUGUGUGAUAUUGAGUUUUAGUGUAAGUGUAUUUCUAUACUUUGUGUAGCUAAAUAUGCACUUUGCUUAUCUUAUAGAAUUUUAAGGGGGACAUUGGGUGCCAUGAACAGGCCAUGUUUUGUCACUGCCAUUUGUAUUCUUGUCUUUCCACACAGAAGAGGGACAGCCUGGUGUCAAGUUGUCACCUGGGGCAGUUUAAUCUCCAGGUUGAAGGCUCUGUUGAGCAAGGUCACCUUCCUAAUCUGUGACUAGGACAGAGUCUUGG